GUGCAUCUUGUCGAACGAAUCAUAGAACUCUUAAAAAUAAAUUUUGAAAUAAAAUAGUGAAAAAUGAUUCUGAAAAAGUUUCAUCUCUUGACUAAUCUGCUUCCCUUGAUAACGUUAGUCUUGGGCGAUGUCAGCGGGUUUCAACAACCGCCGCAGAACCAAGGACUGUACAAUAAUUUCAACCAAAAUCAACAAAGACAGAAUUUCGGGCAACAACAAUCGCAUCAGCAUCAACAAGGACAAUUUCAGCAGCAGCAACAUCAUCAGCAAGGUCAUUUAGGGCAUCAUCAGCAGCAAAAUUUUCAACAGCAGCAGCAACAACAAGGGUUUAAUGCGUUUAAUGUUAAUGCUCAGCGCUUCGGUCCCAUUCGUCCCUUUGUUCCAAUUACUUCGUUCAAAAACGAUCAUUCGCCAGAUGGAACGUAUUCCUUCAGUUACACGACGGGCGAUGGACAAGCCCAGCAAGCUCAGGGGUACCUCAAGAAUCGCGGCGUCAAAAAUAUCGAAGCUCAAGUUGUGCAAGGCAGUUAUAGCUACACAUCGCCAGAGGGAAAACCCAUUUCUGUCACCUACAUUGCUGAUGAAAAUGGCUUCCGUGCGAGCGGCAAUCAUCUCCCGACGCCUCCUCCAAUCCCGCCAGAGAUCCAAAAAUCAUUGGAAUUAAUUGCGCGAACGCAACCCGUUCACAGCUCCUUCCAAAGUCAGUACAAUCUCCAAGGGAACUACAACCAAGGACAGUAUAAUCCGAAUCCGCAGCAACAUCUCCAACAACCAAGUGGCUUCAACAAGUACGGCUAAAAAAUAUUGAAAAAAAAGUCAUUUUUUGGGCAUUUUAAGAUUAUUUUAUGAUAUUAUGUUAUUUUAUUUAAACUUCUGUACAAUUUUAACCUUAAAAGGCUUUUUAUGGCACCUCAGAUCGAAUUAGAGAAGAGAAAGAGAGAUUAAUUUUAUAUAAAAA